ACUCCCUGCCACUCCAACUGUCCGCUGUCCAAAGAGCCCCCUCCCCCUCAGAGAGAGAGACAGAGAGAGAGAGAGAGAGAGAGAAAGUCGUACUGAGCACGCAGCCUUCACUCAACAGCGUUCUUCCCCACUCCCUCCCAUACAUACAGUACAUACAUACUCACUCACUCCCUCCUUCUCCCGCCCUCCUCCUUUACUCACCCCCCCGCCCAACAUGUCGCCCUCAACAACAACAACCUCCUCCGGGACGCCACAGAGGUUCCCUUACUACUCUCCCCCCGCUCCCUACAACACAGACUCAGACUCAGACUCAGACUCCCUCCUCGCUCACAACCAGCACUGGGCUUACCCUACUCCACAGCAACACUAUCACUCAAACCGCCGCCGCUGCAAAACCAUAACCGCAACCCUCAGGCUCCGUGAAACCCUCUCCUCCCGCCACAACUCAACAACAUUCUCAACAAGCUCAGCAGCACACUCUUAUGCAACUCGCAAACUCCCAGGCUCUUUCCACCACUCCCCACAACACAUCGAUACUACCGGUUACGACAAGAUAUUCGCCGCUGAAUGGUUGGACGACGAGAACGUCGUGGUUGGGACAAAGUGUGGGAAACUUGUCGUUUGUGACGUGGAUAAGGGGAGGAGGGUGGAGAUUCCCACCGUAAGGGACCUACAAUGGGGGACGCAUUCGGAGGAAUCCGCUGGGGGAGGCUCAGGCUCAGGGAUCCGAUGCAUUGCGAUCAAUCCAUCGCGGACACUCAUCGCCGUCGGAGUCGGGUUCCCCUUAGGAUGCGUUGAAAUAUUCAGCCUACCAUCCUUCCAAGUCGUCGGAGUACUUCAAGGCCACGAAGAUCUCGUCUUUUCGCUCGCCUGGAUCUCCGAUACCUGCCUCGCUACGGGAUCAAGAGACGCUACCAUCGCCUUAUGGGACGUCGAUUGCAACUGCGACGGUCACAUCCAACCCACACGGCGAAUCGUAUCCCCCUCCUCCUUCGGUGCCCCCUACAGCAUCCACACCCCAACCUUCCGCGCCCAAAAACACCGCGACCGCGUCCGCGACCUCCACUACUCCCCCACCACCCACACCCUCGCCACCCUCAGCACCGACGGCCUCCUCAAACUCUGGGACUGCCGCACAACAGCGACAACCCACUCCUUACCCCCAACAACAACAUCCACAAUCAUCCUCCGAUACCGUGACGAACUCACCUGUCUCGCCCAGGACUCUUCACAGAAUACAAACCUGUACGCGGUGGGGUCAGCAGCAAAAGUAUCCAUCAUCGACCCACGCAUCAACACCGUAGCCACAGCGUUCGAUUCAUGCGACGACGGCUGGGGCGUGCGUUCCCUCCUCUUCAAAGGCGAGAUGGUCGUCGUCGGCGGCGGAAAAGGCCGUAUCGCCUUCUGGGACGCCCGCGCAGCCAAAUACAUCUCCUGGGUCGAGUCCCCCCCCACUUCCUCAACCUCACAACAACCCACCGCCGCUCCCAAUGACGCAAAUGACAACUCCUCCGAAGAAGAAGAAACACUAAGCACACCCGAAUCUCAUGCCCCGCCCUCCCUCACGCGGACACCCACCCUCCAUCCGCACCGCCGUCUCUCCACGCAUCUGCUCACCCACCUGCCUGCGAACCAUACGGCGUGGCAUACGACGGGGGAGGGGUAUCUGUUACCGAACGAGGUGUGGAGAAGUCAUUUUAGGGGCUAUGCGGUGAAGAACGCGCCGUAUGUGAUGCGGUUUGCUGAACGGGGAGGCGUGGGAUUGGGAAGAUUGUUUGUGGCUGGCGGGCCGUUGCAGGUCAAUUUGGAGGGGAGUUGGGCGGGCGUUUUUUGGUAGUCGAUUUGACGGGAGGCGGGGGGUUAUGUUACCCGGGUACCUAUUGACUUGACCUGUAGGUUUUAUUUGGUUUGGCGUAGUUUUAGAGAGUAUGGUAGAGAUGUAGGUAGACCUUAGAGCCCUUGUAUGCGAAUCUUGAGCGGGGAGGAAACCUGAUAGAACACGACGGUUCGUAGAUUAGAAAUGGAUGUAAACGUUACAUACAGC